AUGUUUUGGUCUAAUAGGCCCGAUGUCUAUAAUUAGCCUCGUUAAUUCGAGGGAAAUUUUAAGAGUGAGAGAACAUUAUUAGAGUUAGAAUAAUUCCCAAGUAACUUCAUAAAGACAUCAAGGUAUGAGAUAAUCUAAGAGUUAUGUAGAUAUAAUAUAGUAAGUUUCUUGCCAAAAUCGUUACUUUUGUAGUUUACACGAUAUGCUAACAUUUAUUUCUUAUGCAUAGCUAUAAUACAGUGUAUUCCAGUAUUAUCAACUUUGAAUCCAUUCAGUGCAAUAGCUCCUUUAGUAUUUGUGUUAGGAUUAUCAAUGGGUAGAGAAGGUAAGAAUAAAAAUAAUAUGAAAGGUUGGGAGGAUUAUGGAAGACAUGUAUCUGAUAAUGAAGUAAAUGCAACAGAAUGUGUGAUAAUGAAGUCUCGAGUAAUGACAAUGUAAAUAAAAAAAUUAAGAUUAUAUAGAUCUACAUGGGCUGAACUAGCAGUAGGAGAUUUUAUAUUAGUGAAAAAGGAUGAGAGUUUUCCUGCUGAUUUAAUAGUUUUGGGAAGUUCUAUAGAGAGUGGUGCAUGUUAUAUUGAAACUUCUUCAUUAGAUGGAGAAAAGAAUCUGAAACCGAAGAGUGCAAUUUUAGAGACUUAACAACUAUAUAGUGAUAAGGAUAAUUAUACAGAUUAGAUAAUAAGAGUGGAUGCAUAAGCUCCUACUUAAAAUCUUUAUGAAUUGGAUGCAUCUAUAUAUUUGAAUACAGGAAAUGGUUAAUAAAAGAAAUUUUAAUUAACAGCAAAACAGUUAUUACUCAGAGGUGCAUAUCUUAGAAAUACUGAAUGGGUGAUUGGAUUAGUAGUUUAUACAGGUUAGGAUACUAAAAUAAUGAGGAAUGCUGAUGCUGCAAGAAUAAAAUCAAGUGAAAUUGAAAGAAUUAUGAAUAUUUUGAUUUUGGGAAUAUUGGUAGUUCAAAUCUCAUUAUCAAUAAUUACAGCAUCUUUCUCAUCUGCAUGGUUACAUAAAUAUGGUAGUGAUAGUUGGUAUUUGGGUUAUGAUGAUGAUUUCUCUCCUAAUUUACUAAGCUUUUAUUCAUUUUUCAGUUAUAUUUUAUUAUAUAAUACAAUGAUCCCUAUAUCAUUGAUAGUUAGUUUAGAAUUUGUAAAAGUAUUUUAAGCAUACUUUAUUGAAUAAGAUGAAGAAAUGUAUGUUUAAUAAAGAGAUAAAUAUGUUAAAGUGUAAACCACAACAAUAAAUGAAGAACUUGGUUAAGUAGAGUAUGUAUUUUCUGACAAAACUGGAACUCUAACUUGUAAUUAGAUGGAAUUUAAGUAUUGUAUAAUAGGAAACACAUUAUAUGGAUAGGAACAAAAACAUAUAAACAUUCCUAUAUAAAAUACAGAUUUAAAAAGAUAAUAAACUGCUAAAGUACAUCCUGCAACUGAAGUGUUUUAACAUUCUGUAUUUAAUUUCCAAGAUCUUGAAUUAAGUGCAAUUCUUAAAGGAGAAGGGUCAUCUGGAGAAUUACCAGUCAAUUUAAUUAUUUAGUCAUUAGAUGGUAAACAAUAAAUCAAAAUUUAAAAAUAGAGAAAUUUAAUUGAAGAAUAUUUUUUCUUAUUAUCAUCUGCUCAUGAAUGUAUUAUACAAUAUGAUAAAAAUUAAAAUGCUUCCUAUUAAGGACCAUCACCAGAUGAAAUUACUUUGGUUGAUGCAGCAGCUAGAAUGGGUUUUUAAUUUACUGGUGCUUCUGCUAGUGAAUAAAAGUUUACAAUUUUGGGAAAAGAUAAAAAAGUUAAAUUAUUAAAAUCUUUUGAAUUUGAUUCAACACGUAAGAGAAUGAGUGUUAUUAUUGAUGAUAAUGGAGUUAUUAAAUUAUUUAUUAAAGGAGCAGAUAAUAUUAUAAAGGGAAGAUUAGCACCAAAUUAAAUAUUUCUUAAUCAAAUUAUAAACUAUUUGGAUGAUUUUAGCAAAAUUGGUUUAAGAUGUUUAUUAAUGGCUAUAAGAAUAUUAUCAAAUGAUGAAUAUAGAGAAUUUGAUAAUGCUUACAAUAAUUUACCAGACAAUGAGACAAGAGCAGAAGAACUAGGUAUACAAAAUAUAUUGAAAGCUAGAAAAAUUAACAAGCAAUUUAGAACAAAAUUUAACUCUAGUUGGAGCAUCUGCUGUUGAAGAUAAGUUAUAAUCAUUGGUUCCAGAGACAAUAGCUGAUUUGUUAAGAGCAAAUAUAAAAGUUUGGAUGUUGACUGGUGAUAAGUUUGAAACAGCAGAAAACAUUGCUAGAAGUUGUCGUUUAAUUUAAGGUGAUUUUACUGUAAUGAGAUUGUCUGAAUCAACUGUUGAAGCUUGUAAAAAAAAGAUUGGAGAUAUUUAAGAAACAUAUGAAGAAUGUUUAAAAAUGAAUAGAAAAAAAGUAUUUAAGUGCAUUCUUACCUUUAGUCAAUCGUUGUAGAAGGAUAAUCCCUAUAAUUUAUAAUUGAUAAUGAGGAUUUAGCCUAAGCAUUUGUGAGUAUGGCUAAAGAUUGUGAAAGUAUUGUUUGUUGUAGAGUAACUCCAAAAUAGAAAGCUGAUGUUGUAAGAUUAAUUAAAGACAGACUCAAUAAAAUUACAUUAGCAAUUGGAGAUGGUGCAAAUGAUGUUAAUAUGAUUUAAGCUGCUCAUAUAGGAGUAGGAUUAUAUGGUAAUGAAGGAAUGAGGGCUGUAUAAAGUAGUGAUUUUGCUUUAGGGGAAUUUAGAUGUCUUUGGAGAUUGUUAUUGGUUCAUGGACAUUGGAAUUAUAUUCGAAUUGCAGAAAUGGUUUUAUACUUCUUUUAUAAAAAUAUGAUAUUUACUGUUCCAUAAUUUUUCUUUUCAUAUUUUUGUGCAUUCUCUGGAUAAUCAUUUUUUGAUGACUGGUACAUCACAUUCUAUAAUUUAAUAUUCACAGCACUUCCACUUAUAGUAAGAGGUACUUUUGAUUAAGACAUCAAUUACAGAUAAUAUGUUUAAUUUGAUGAAAGGCAAGAAGUAGCUUCUGUUUAAUAGAAAUUUGAAGAAUAUCUUAAAACUAAAUUUCCAACACUUUAUUAUGUUGGAUAGAACAAAAGUAUUUUUACUAUACCAAAUUAUAUGUUUUGGGCAUUUACUGGUUUAGUACAUGGUAUGAUAAUCUUCUUUUUCAUACUUUGGAUAUAAGAUUUUGAGAUUGUAGAAGACAAUGGAUUUCCUGGAGGAUUAGCAGCAUUUUCAUUAACUGCUUAUUCAAGCAUUAUUUUAGUAUAUAAAUUUUAUUAAUCAUUAAGAUUGCAGACGUGAAAAUAGCUAUCCAUACCAAAUAUUGGACUUGGUUUAAUUUUGUGUGCAUAACAUUCCUAUCUGUUUUACUUUAUAUCAUAUAUGUCAUUAUAUCAUAAUUUUGGUCAGGUACUUUGAUGGAAUUCACUCCAUUUACUAUGGUUGGAACUCCUCAUUUUUGGUUGUCAAUAAUACUUAUAGGAGGUAUCAUAGGUGGAUUAGAGGCUAUAUUGGCUUAAAUAUAUAGAGAAUUUUUUACUGAUUCUGCCACUGAAUUAUUAAUUAAAGCGAAUGAUUUUGGAAAAAAUCAGUUGAAACUCAUUGAAUUAAAAGAAAAGAUUUAAAGAUAAUUUUAGGAUUCUUUUUGGGAACCUAUAUAUAAAUAAUAAUAAUAAUAAGACUAAGAAAUAGAAUAAUAAUAAAAUGAAGUAAUUAAAUUUAGCUAAUCUUAGCAUGCUGAAUGA